UUUCACAGGUAGGAAGUGGCAGAGCUAGGAUUUGAAUAAGGUAGUUUGAUGCUAGAAUCCAUGUCCUCAACCACAAUGCCUGAAGAUAAUUCUGACCUUGUUAAUCAAGACAAAAGGGGAUCACUAAGCUUUCACUGAAUAAAGUAUGAGUUGUCUGGUGGGCGCAAUUUUUGGGCUCUAAAUUCACAGAGACUGCUGUUAGGUAUGUGGGGGAUGGGAGUUCUUUGUUCUGUGAUGCAGUGAUGACCUCAGGGUAAACUGCCACUAGGCUGAGGAAAAUGGAAUGGCUGCCAGAGGGCCUGCUUGGGGCUGAGGGGGACAUGGGGCUUCUCUGGGGCCAGUUGACCCAUGCCCUGGCCUGCAGACACUGUGGCAGCAGCUGCCUUCUGAGUCCAGGGAACCUGGUAACACUAUUCUUGUUCGUGGUUUGGCAGAUCCAGAGGUGGUGGCAGCUUGGGAGAUGGCGACAGCUUCAGCCCUGGUACUCUGGGGACAAGAUGCAAGGCAAGGGCCUACCACUUCUGUACCGCGUGGCUUUCCUUGAUCACCUGUGGAAGCAGAAGUCAGGGGAGGAAGAAGAAGAGGAGGUAUCUCUGGAUCCACUGAAGCCAUGUUCUCUUCCCAAAGAAGCUCCUAUUGGAGAACAAGCCACCACAGCCCCAUCCCAGCCAUCCUGUGAUUCUGAGGGCCUCCACAAGUCCAUAGGGACACUAGAGCAAGUACUCACGCAGACCCCAAACCCUUCCAGAUCCUUCCCCACCUUUCAGAUCUUGACCAACCUGCCUGUGAGGCACAAGACAGCAUCAGGGAGCCACCUACAGCAGAGAGAAAGCCAGCUCUUCUGGGGUCUCCCCUCUCUGCACAGUGAGUCCUUGGAGGCCAUCUUCCUGAGCUCAGGUGGCCUCUCUCCCCUGAAGUUGUCUGUCAGUCCUUCUGUCUUCUUUAACAAGUUUGCCUUCCUGCCUAGAACCCCAGUAUUGCUGCUUCCCCAGUAUUGCUCCCCAACCCCACUUCCUACACAUGAAGUCCAUACUACAGAAGAUCUGGAAGGAACGGCCUCUGACCCUCAGCAACUUCCCUCCCCAUCUUCCCCUCCUGUCCCAUCACUUCCCCUCCAACUUAAAUUCUUUCCCAUGGACCAUAAGAGAGUCCUAUAUGGCACUGGGGCAAACACACACCUAACCCCAACUUCUCUGCCAGAAUGCCAAGGAGCCAGCCCUAUAGGAGGCCUCUCUGGACCUGAAGCCCUCUGGGAAACCACAAGGCGAAGAGAGAAUCCUCAGAUCUCUGAGCCUCCGACCUCAGUCCCUUGCCAAUCUGUAGCCCCCAUGACAGAGCCCCAAGGAACCAGCACCCUGGAAGUUCCACCUGUAUAUGAGACUCAGUGGGGAACCACAGGACAUAAAGAGAGUACUCAAGCCUUUCAGCCCCCAACGCCAGCCCCCUGCCCUCCCCCACAUCCCCUGCCAGAACUCCAGGGAGGCAGUCCCCUGGGAGAUCCAUCUGGAUAUGAGCCCCAGUGGAGAUGCAGAGAAAAUUCAACAAACCUUUGGGUCUUUGAGCCCUCAGCCUUGGACGUCGACCCAGGACUCCAUGGAACCAUGCCUGCAUGUGUCCCAUCAGGAUCUGAGACUCCGUGGAAGGGCACGCAGAGUAGAGAAAAUCUUUGGGUCUCUGCAGACCCAGUUUCAUCUCCCAGCCUUCCCUCAGCCUCUCUGCUGGAGUCCCUAGGAACGGGUGCCCAGGCAGUCUUGUCUGAGUCCAAAGCUUUGUGGGAGGCCAUGAGGCAGACAGACAACCUCUGGACCUCAGAAUCUCCAGGCCCUGGCCACAGCCCAUCUCUAGUUCCUAUUCUAGAACCCCACAGAAUCAAUCCUGUGGGAGGGCUCACUGGGUCAGAAACUGCAUGGAAGGACACUGAUCAUUCCCGGAAUUCCUGGGCUUUUGAAUCGCUAUCUCUGGCCUUCAGCCCGCCCGCAGUUCUUUUACUGGAUUCCCUCAGAGUUAGCCCUACGGGGGUCCUGUUUGAUUCUGAAGCUACAUGUGGGGACAUAGAAAGGAGAAAGAACUCCUGGGCCUCUGAGCUCCUGGCUUGCAGCUUACCCCAAGACCCAUGUAGAGCCAACCCCUUGGGAGUCAAAUCUGACUCUGAGCCUACUGCGGGGGACAUGGAGCAGAAAGAAACCUGUUGUGUUCCUGUGUCCCCAUUGUGGGGUCCCAGCCCAUGCCCAAACUCUAUGUCAAAGUCUCACACAAGUGAGCCUAUUGGAGACCAAUGCAACUGUAAACCUGAGGGGGAAACAGUGGAGCAGAGAGGGAACUGCUGCACCACUGAACUCCCAGCCCCAACCCCCAGGUCACUCUCUGCUCCUCUACCAGAUCCACACAUUGACCUUGAGUUUGUGUGGAGGAAUGUGCAACAAAGAGGGAUCCCCCAGGACCCCAGCCUUCCAGCAGUGGAUCCCCUACAGCCAAUACCCUGGCCUCCCACCCAAGCUGAAGCUCUGAAGAUUGAGUGCAACCAGCCUGGCCUACCCAAGGGAGAGCUGUUCCCAGGGGCUAAGGCAGAGACUCCAUCCUCCCAGGGUGAGGCUGUCCCAAAGAUGCCCACCCACUCUGGGGUCCAGGCCUGGCACUGGAGUAAAGAGCUGGAACUCAGGCUGAAGAAACUAGAGCAGAGCCCUGCUUCCAGAUCUCUUGGCCCAAGUCAAUCAUUUGGCAGCUCCCCUGCCCUGAGCUCCACAACUCAAGCCACCCGGAGACUCUCUUCUUGCCCACCACAGCAGAUUCAUCCCCUCAGUCUGUGCCCCAACUCUUCAAGCUGUCAUCCCCCUAAACCUCAGAGCACAGUAACUCAGCCUGUCCAGGUCCCCCACUGUUAUCACUCCCACUCCUCUAUCCAACCUCAGCUAUGGAAGUCUGGCAGGGCAGAACAAGAGCCUCAGAAAGAGCAAAGAAUGAAUGUGAAGAUGUCAUCCCAGGGGUCAUGUGUUCACUGCCCGGGCCUGGAAGAACCCUCAUACCCUGAGGUUCCAGCCUCAGGCAAGAGACAGGACAAGGCUUCAGCCCUGUCUUCAGCCAAAAAGAGAGAGCGCCCCAGGAAACCUAAAGGAGACCACGGAGAAGGGGAUGCAAAAUUGGGCUCAACCACAGUUACAGGGAAAAGCCACCUAGCCCAGGCCAGACUAGCAGAGGUCCCUGUAAGCAGACUUUUGCAAAGAUCUCAGCACAGGGACCAGAGCUCUCGACACACUGCUCCCUCCCUGCAGCCUCACUCCAAGGCUUCAGGUUCCCAAGGUCAGAGAGGGGCAAGGCUGGGAGCUGGUGACAUCCUGGCCCCUCGUCACUGUAAGCACUGCCCUUGGGCCCAGAAGCAUCUUUCCUCCCCCACACCUCAGGCUCCCCUUACCAGGGGUCUCCAAAGGAUGUUAGCCAAAUUUCUGGGUACCCAUGGACCCCUGCCCACCAAAUCCAGUCAGCAGAGAAAAGGCUGGUAGUACUGGCACCCAAUAUAAGUACCCCAAGACCUGAAGCCAAACCAGUUGGGGGGUGGAGACACAAAGGAAAUCCUAAUAAACUAGCUGAACUAGACAAACCCCACUCAUGUCUUUUCUGGAGUCUGGGGUACUGGAAAUGACGGUUCCCUAUUCUGCUGCAGCUGUAUCUCCUCAGGAUCAGGUCCCAGAAGUAGAGAGCUCAGGAUUCUAUAGGCUUAACUUUCUUUUCAAGCUGUUCACAGAUGAUCAACCUGGAGUCUACAACCUGGAGUCCUCACUCUACAGGGUGAAGCUGUUAAGGCCAGGGGAGCACAGACCAAUGCUGCCCUUGAGAAAAACUUCACAGCAAGUCAACAGAAGAAAAAUAUAUCCAUUCACACGAGCACAAUUGGUCUGGGUCUAGGCAGCUGCUCUUGGUCCUGGGUAUGGUCCCCUUCUUCACAUACUUGAUACACAAGUUCCCCACAUAUAUUUCUAGCCAAUUCUUGUCAGCCCUCUGCUCUUUUCUCUCUCUAGUUUAGCUCAUGCACCUCCAAGGCCACAAAAACAAGUCCCUUUUCAUAUGUUUAGCGAUCGCUGAAUUUCUUCUAUAAUUGCCUGUUCAUAUCGUAUACCCAUUUUUCUACUGCAUUGUUUGCUGGGUAUUUUAUUACUUUUCUACUGCUGCCAUAACAAAUUAUCACAAAACAACAUAAAUUAAUUUUAUUAGAAGUCUCACAGGGCUAAAAUCAAGAGGUUGGCAGGGCCGCAUUCCUUUCUAUAGGCACUGGGUAGGAUUCGUUCCUGGUCUUUCCCAGCUUCUAGAAGCUGCCCACAUUCCUUGGCU